GUCUGUCACGUGACCCUCGUCGUGCAGGAUGUAGCGGUCUUUAGAGAGAUGGACAACACUAGCAGAACCUCGGCCACAAAGUACACAGAGCUAUAAUGUGCUGACCAGAAGAGAAGGAUUUGAAGGACAUUCUGUUUGAUCAAUAAAGAGCUGAAAUGAGUUCUUCAGAAGAGUUGAAACCAACAGACGCAGACUGUGUCAUUGUCAGAAGUAUUGGAAAUCUUUCAGUCGGUUUAGUCGUCAAAGAAGGCAUGGACUCACUCUCACAGCAGAGAAACUACCGAUGUGAACAAUGUGGCAGCAGUUUCAGCCAACGAAAUGCAUACAAGCUACACUUGCACACGCACAGUGAAGAAACACCAUACAGCUGUAAUCGAUGUGGGAGACAUUUCAGCAACCAGAGUUCAUACAAAAAACACCUGUGUAACUGUACUGGACCAUACCAAUGUGACCAAUGUGGAAAGAGUUUCACUCACUCGUAUAUUUACAAGAGACACCUACGAGUUCACACUGGAGAAAAGCCACACCAGUGUGAUCACUGCAAAAGGGCUUUCAGUUGCUUAAAUAAUUACAAGAGACACCUGCGUGUUCACACUGGAGAGAAACCAUUCCAGUGUGACCAGUGUGGAGAGAGUUUCACUUGGUUAAGUAGUUACAAGGACCAUCAGCGUUCCCACACUGGAGAGAAGCCAUACCAGUGUGACCAAUGUGGAAACAGUUUCACACGGUUAAGUAGUUACAAGGACCAUCAGCGUGUCCACACGGGUGAAAAACCAUACCAGUGUGAUCAGUGUGAAAAGGCUUUCAGUCGCUUAAGUCAUUACAAGAGACACCAGCUUAACCAUACUGGAGUGAAACCGCAUGGUUGUGAAAAAUGUGGGAAAAGUUUCUUUUCUUUAAGGGAUUACAAGAGACACCAGCGUCGUGUCCAUACUGGAGAAAAGCCAUACUGCUGUGAACACUGUGGGAAGAGUUUUCGUUUCUUAAGUGAUUACAAGAAACACCUGCGUGUGCACACUGGAGAAAAGCCUUACCGCUGUGAACAAUGUGGGAAUAGUUUCAGUUGCCCAAGUCACUACAAGAGACACCUGCGCAUCCAUACUGGGGAGAAGCCUUACCAGUGUGAACAAUGUGGGAAGAGUUUCCGUUUCGUAAAUGUUUACAAGAAACACCUGCGUGUCCACACUGGAGAGAAACCAUACCGCUGUGAAGAAUGUGGGAAGAGUUUUAGUUGCCCAAAUUACUACAAGACACACCUGCGUAUACACACUGGGGAGAAGCCAUUCCCAUGUGAACAAUGUGGGAAGAGUUUCCGUGUCUUAAGUGAGUGCAAGAAACAUCUGCGUUGCCACACUGGAGAGAAACCAUACUGGUGUUCUCGAUGUAAAAGAUUGUUUGCUUGGCCAAGUUCUUUGAAGCUACAUCGUUGUGUUGAUGAAGGUGAGAGCUCUGACUGAAUGUAGGAAUAAAACAAAACAGCUCAGACAAUAGUGGAUUUUCUCACUCCCAUACUGGAUUCAGACUGCCUACCUGUCUCAUUGAAAACAGCCUAACAGCUGUAUUAAGUUGUAUAAGAGCUGUAUAAUUCCCCCGCCACUGCUUCAUAGCAUUCAACGUGGAGUAGCUUUUAUUGUGAAGCAGCCACAGGAAACCCAGUGUGUUGUCAUCACUGUUAGCACUAAUUGAGGUUGAAAAGAGGCCAUAUCAUAAUAUACUAAUUUUCAGGUUCAUACUCUUGUUUGGGGGGUCCACUGUAAUAGGUUUAUGUGCUUUAGUCUUCAAAAAACACCUUAUUUCCCCAGCACCCACAUAUACACUAAACCCCAAAUUGCCCUCAUUGGUCAGACCAGCACCUUGCAUGGUAGCCUGCUGCCAUCGCUGUGUUGCUAUUUAAAUGAAGCUCAUUGUCAUUUAUUCAAUCAACUUGAGUUUGCUUGAUUGUACAGUAAAUAGAUCUACCAGUUGCUCUAAAAAGCUUACACCUUACAACUUUAAACUAUUAAUUGUCAAAGAUAUUUGUUCAAACAAAAUUAUUGGGUUAUUAAUACUUCUGUGUUCACAAUGUUAAACUGCCAUUACAUCUUUUUGUAAAAUAAAAUGUACUAAAAGACUAAGAUGUUUGUUACUUCAGUUUGUCAUUUAUAACAACUGUAAUGUGUUUAAAAACCACAGAUAUCCCCCCAGCAGGGAGCUUUUUCAAAAGCAGCAAUUGUCAUUUGGAAUAGUAUAUUUGAAGGCAGUCUCCUC